GGGUGCCCGGCUCGCGCGGCUCGUAAGCUGAGGCCUGGACUUUCUCCAGAAGUCUUCCCAGCCUACUUCUGUAAUUGGGCGAUAUGCAUCCAGACCUCGGACCCUUAUGGACACUGCUGUAUGUUCUUGCAAUUCUGUGUCCUUCUGUGAGCUCAGACUUGGCACCUUAUUUUAUUUCUGAGCCAAUCUCUGCUGUCCAGAAGCUUGGAAGACCCGUGGUCCUACACUGUUCUGCUAAACCUGUUACUGCCCGAAUCUCAUGGUUGCAUAAUGGAAAACGAUUGGACAGAAACACAGAACAGAUAAAGAUCCAUCGGGGGACUUUGACCAUUCUGUCUCUUAACCCUUCCCUUUCUGGUUGCUACCAGUGCGUUGCCAACAACAGCGUCGGCGCCGUUGUGAGCGGCCCUGCUACAGUGUCCGCUGCAGCUCUGGGUGAUUUCGAUUUGUCAGCAAUGCACGUUAUUACUGCAGAAGAGAAAAACACAGGUUUCAUUGGCUGCAGGGUACCAGAGAGUAACCCCAAAGCCGAGGUGCGCUAUAAGAUCCGGGGAAAGUGGCUGAAGUCUUCCACAGGAAACUACAUAAUCCUUCCCUCAGGAAAUCUUCAGAUUCUGAAUGUAUCCUCGAAGGAUAAGGGAUCAUACAAAUGUGCCGCCUAUAAUCCUGUCACCAGCGAACUGAAAGUUGAACCCACCAGCCGGAAGCUCCUUGUGAGUCGUCCUUCCUCGGAUGGUUUUCACAUUCUUCACCCUGCUCUUUCUCAGGCAUUAGCUGUCCUUCCUCACAGCCCCGUUACCUUGGAGUGUGUGGUGAGUGGGGUCCCGGCCUCACAAGUGUAUUGGCUGAAGGAUGGGCAGGAUGCCGUGUCAGGAGGCAACUGGAGAAGGCUGUACUCUCAUCUUGCCACAGCCAGCAUCGACCCAGAGGAUUCUGGGAACUAUUCCUGUGUGGUGGGCAACAAGUCCGGAGACGUAAAACAUGUCACUUACAUGGUCAAUGUACUGGAGCACGCUUCUAUUUCUAAAGGGCUGCACGAUCAGAAGGUGUCCCUGGGGGCCACCGUACAUUUUACCUGCGAUGUUCAUGGGAACCCAGCUCCCAACCGCACCUGGUUUCAUAAUGCGAAGCCUAUCUACCCCUCCUCACGGCAUCUAACUGAAGGAAACAUGCUGAAGAUCACCGGGGUUAUCAUGGAAGACUCUGGGUUAUAUCAGUGCAUAGCAGACAAUGGGAUUGGAUUUAUGCAGUCUACUGGAAGGCUUCAAAUUGAACAAGACAGCGGACAGAAGCCUGUUAUAGUCACUGCGCCAGCAAACGUAGAGGUGACCGAUGGAGACUUCGUGACUUUGUCUUGCAACGCCACGGGAGUGCCUGUCCCAGUCAUUCAUUGGUACGGCCGCCAUGGAUUGAUAACCAGCCAUCCAUCACAGGUCCUCAGAUCCAAAUCCCGAAAGUCCCACCUGUUGCGACCUGGGGACCUGGACCCGGAGCCUAUCUACCUCAUCAUGUCCCAAGCUGGAUCCAGCUCUCUGUCUAUUCAGGCAGUUUCUCAGGAGCAUGCUGGGAAAUACACUUGUGAAGCUACAAACAGACAUGGCAGCACACAGUCAGAAGUGUUCCUCACAGUCGUUCCUUUUGAAACAAACACAAAGGCAGAAUCAGUCACACCUUCUGAAGCUUCUCAGAAUGAUGAACGAGACCCACGAGACCGGUCGGAGUCCGGCCUGCUGAACUUGUUUCCAGCGAAGGUGCAUUCCAGUGGAGUGGGAUUGCCAGCCGAGAAAAAUGCCUCUGUUCCCGAUGCUCCUAACAUACUGAGCCCUCCACAGACCCACAUGCCAGACACAUACAACCUGGUGUGGAGGGCAGGGAGGGAUGGCGGAAUGCCCAUCAACGCCUAUUUCGUGAAGUACCGAAAGCUGGACGAUGGCAGUGGUGCAGUGGGCGGCUGGCACACGGUGCGUGUCCCAGGGAGUGAAAAUGAGCUGCACCUAACUGAGCUGGAGCCAUCAAGUCUCUAUGAAGUUUUGAUGGUGGCCAGAAGUGCAGUGGGUGAAGGACAGCCUGCCAUGCUUACCUUCCGAACCAGCAAAGAAAAAAUGGCAUCAUCAAAAAACACCCAGGCAUCCUUUCCACCUGUGGGCCUCCCUAAGCGACCUGUUACUUCAGAGGCUUCCAACAGCAAUUUUGGAGUUGUGCUUACGGAUUCCUCUAGGCAUAGUGGAGUCCCAGAAGCACCAGAUCGACCUACUAUCUCUAUGGCAUCAGAGACCUCAGUCUACGUCACCUGGAUUCCCCGAGCAAAUGGCGGCUCUCCCAUCACCGCCUUCAAGGUGGAAUAUAAGCGGAUGAGAACUAGUGAUUGGCUGGUGGCUGCUGAAGACAUCCCGCCUUCCAAACUCUCUGUGGAAGUUCGGAGUUUAGAGCCAGGUUCAAUAUACAAAUUUAGGGUCAUUGCCAUCAACCAUUACGGUGAAAGUUUUCGGAGCUCAGCGUCCCGUCCUUACCAGGUGGCCGGCUUCCCAAAUCGAUUUUCCAACCGCCCAAUAACUGGACCUCACAUCGCAUACACAGAGGCUGUCAGCGAUACUCAGAUCAUGCUCAAAUGGACGUAUAUUCCAUCAAGUAACAAUAACACGCCCAUUCAAGGAUUCUAUAUCUAUUACCGACCAACAGACAGUGACAAUGACAGUGAUUACAAGAGGGACGUUGUGGAAGGUUCAAAGCAGUGGCACACCAUUGGUCACCUGCAGCCGGAAACCUCCUAUGACAUCAAGAUGCAGUGCUUUAAUGAAGGAGGGGAGAGUGAGUUCAGCAACGUGAUGAUCUGUGAGACCAAAGUGAAACGUGUUCCCGGAGCUUCAGAGUAUCCCGUGAAAGAGCUGAGUACGCCUCCCAGUUCUUCAGGAAAUGGAGGGAACGUGGGGCCUGCAGCCAGCCCUGCCAGGAGCAGCGAUAUGUUGUACCUCAUCGUUGGCUGUGUGCUUGGGGUUAUGGUCCUCAUUCUUAUGGUUUUCAUUGCGCUGUGUCUGUGGAAGAGUCGCCAACAGAGCGCCAUACAGAAAUAUGAUCCUCCAGGAUAUCUCUACCAGGGGUCAGAGGUUAACGGGCAGAUGGUAGAGUAUACUACUCUGUCAGGAACGGCCCGGAUCAAUGGGAGUGUCCAUGGAGGCUUCCUCAGCAGUGGCUGUUCUCACCUCCACCAUAAAGGCCCCAAUGGAGUCUCUGGGAUCCUGAAUGGAAGCAUAAAUGGAGGGCUUUAUUCUGCACACACAAACUCCCUAACCAGGACAUGUGUGGAGUGCGAGCAUCCUCACCAUCUAGUGAAUGGUGGAGGAGUGUACACAGCCGUCCCUCAGAUUGACCCACUGGAAUGCAUUAAUUGUCGGAAUUGCCGGAACAACAAUAGGUGCUUCACCAAAACCAACAGUCCCCUUCCUGUGGUCCCAGUGGUAGCCUCUCAUCCUCAGGAUGGUCUGGAAAUGAAGCCCCUCAAUGCCAUGAAGGUACCUAUGUGUCCAGCUUCCACAGUUCCUGAUCGUGCCCAAGACAGUGUGGAACCAAGACCUACCCAGCAUACUUGCUGCCAGGACAACAUAAGUGACAUCAAUUCUGAUUCCACAGAAGACACUGCAGAGUUGAACAGAGGAGACAGCAGUGGUCAUUCAGAAGCAGAGAACAGAGUUUUCAGUUGGAACCCUCUUAUUCUGUCGCCUGUCUUGGAGGACUGCGGUGAGAAGACAGCGUGGUCUCCUCCUGGCCCCCCUCUAGACGGGCUGUCAGUGGUCCUUCAGCAAGCCCAUGAGACCUGAGAGGAACACGAGCAAGCCUCUUCAUGUUCCCACUGCGAGCCAGCAACUGCGCCACACGGGCCUGGGGACAAACUGUGUGAAGGACAUCAAAUCAGAGAAAACCAUUAUUUAUUGUUUGUAGUAGUAAUGUCAUGAAUGUCUCUUAAAAUGUGUGCCCUUUUAUAUUAUUUAUGCCUUACAUUUUCUCUUCUCCAUUUCUUCCUCCCUCCCCCACCCCCCCAUUUUUUAUAGAGUUUUUCAAUCAUCUGGAGAGCGGGGCAUCAUUGUGUCUGCCGGGGCCUUCAGUGGCAGUAGGAACUUGUGCUGGGUCCCAUCUUCUGGCCUCUUCAGUUGUGGGGAGGAGGAUUGUCCAAGCCAGUUCACAUUUGUCACCAAUCUUUCCUACAUGAAAACUGUCACUUCUCCCAUGUCAUCAGACUUUCUGAACAUUUAGAAAUCAACCAUAGUUGUGAUCAUGUGUUUAUAAUAGCCAACCCAGCUGACAAAUUUUAUGACUGCCUUCCAGAGAAAUACUAAUUCUGACUUAUUUUCUCUCUGUGCCUGAGUAUAAGUAAUGGUCAGUCUUCUAGGUAUCAAAUUAGCCAGUGUUGUUAUGAACAGGGAAGCAUGUAAAGUCUGUUUGGGUUAUUGUACUAUGUAGAAAGGGAACCAGAUUCAGAAAGAAAAUUAAUGCCUUCAUGGUUCACUGCUUUAUUUUAAUUUACAAAAUGGUCGCCAUGAGUUCUUGACACUCCUUGCAAGGGUAUAUAGUACAAAAUGAGACUUUUGAAGUGACAGUUUAAAGAGAAAGCUGUCACACGCCUCAAGAGAGAGGAGGGCUGAAAGGGACCUCUAAGUGAAGCUCUCCCCUCUGUCCCAUAGUGCUUGCGGUGUUAAAACUACUUGAAGACUGACAUUUUUGUCACUUCCAACAUAGACAGUGUCCUGGAGGAUCUGAGUGAGCAUGUGUGAAGCCAUCCUUCUGCCACUGUAGCAAAAUUCCUGAGGUGAUUGUCUUAUAAGUACGAAGGGUUAGCUUGGCUCCCAGUUUGAGAAGUUCUAGCUUGUGAUCAGAUAGACCUGUGCUUUGGGCCUGUGCUGAGGGAACACAUCCUGGUGGGUAUGCAUGGCAGAGCAAAAUUGGGUAUGCAUGGCAGAGCAAAAUUGCUUAUACCACAAAGGAGAGGUGAGGGGAGAAAGAGGAGAGGAGCAGAGUGUACAGGUCCCCUCCCCCAACCCUGCCCCACCCGAGAGUGUGCCUCAGUGAUCUGAAAACCUCACAUUCCUCCCUGUUCAAGAUUCUUCCACCUCCGGAACAAGCUGCUGUGGGAAUCGGACCUUGAACACACAGAUAGGCCUUUGGAAAAUAGUAUCCAAACUGCAGCAGAACGUCAGGAAAAGCUUAGUUUGAAGAAAAGGGUUUGAGGGCAUUUGUUGACAGUUUUUCUGGUCACCAUCAUUAUAAAAAGUAAUCCAGGCGUCAGUCAGCAGGGUCCAUGUAGCCAGUUACUGUUCUCAGAGUGACAAGGACAUUGCAGCGGCCUUCGGAAGGCUUUUCAUCCAAAAUGUGUGAAAUAGAAACUCCAGGUGCUACAAAUGAACCAAGCCCUGACAGAUCACAGAUCUGCUUUUGAAUGGUUGUAUCCCUUAAGGGGGGGAAACCAAAGUUAUUCUCUUUAUGUGGAAUCAGACAAUUCCAGGAUACAUUUUGGUUUUUUGUUUCCCACAAAUUGCAGUGAAAGAGAAUAAGAUACUGUAGUAAUCAACUCUAUAUACAUUUGUCAGUAUUCCCUUACAUAUGUCUGUAUCUUUUAUAAAUAGAACUGUUAGUGGGAAUGUGCUGUUUCAGCAGAGGCCACUUCGGAAAAGUUGCUUCUGUAGAAUGCAGUAAAUAGAAUUCCAUAGCUGGGUAGCGGGGUGCUGUAGAAGGGAGUUCUAUGAUCCUGGGGUUCAUGACCAUAGUGUAAGAAAUAUGCAAUUAGUUCUGGAGGCAGACGGCUGUAGCCUUAUGUCUUGACUUGCAAAGGACAGCAUAGAGACCUACUGUGUGCUUUGCCAGUUGGAUUGGAACAAAGCUGCUCAGAGCAGGGGUUUAGGAAGGCAGGAAGCAAAUGUCUGUGGGCAGUCAGUUGUUCACUGUGACUCAUGAAACAGGUAUGCUGGUGGGAGCCUUAGGUCAGAACUGCUUUUAAAGAUUGAAUUUGACAUGGGGCUUGCCCAUGAGGAAGAUGAAAUUUCCUUUACCUUUAGGGGCAAUCUCAUUGUGGACUGCUUUAUUUAUGAUUAGUAACGCUGUUUUAAGUGUUAACCCUUUUAUUGUAUUUUAUUUAUAAAAAUGGCUUUAUAUAUUGAGAUAUAUAAAUAUAAAUAUAAAUCUAUAUAAUUGCCUUUAUAUUUAGGAGCUUGAGUUCUCCUUAGUGUGAGUUUCUGUGAACUUUCUAGCCCUGCACAGUCACCGGAAAUGGUCCUAGCAAGUGUCACUUCCCCAGGAGUCAAGAGGACAUAGGCAAAUGUGGGGCCGCCAUGUGUUGGGGGGAGGUGUCAUCAGUCAUUCCGAGAUGGGAUAGCACGCAUUUGUGGAAGAAUGAUUGUUUACUAAGUUCCCUGUUUGUUACUGUUAUCUCUUCCGACCUCCACAGCAAGCAGACAGAGUAGGCAUGGGAUUCCCAGCUCACGAGUGAGCUGGAGUCUGUGCUGGAACCCAGUUUACCUGAUCCAUCACGCAUGCCCCAUUUACCUCUCUCUGGAAGCGUUAUGGUUCACUCUCCAUGGAACCAGUCUAGAAUGUGUGCUGUUGUCCACCCCUGCUGGGGACACCUUUUCAUGGUUUGGAUGAGUCUUUGUUUAGCAUGAAACUACCCUAGUCCUAGUAAAUCAUGUCAUUGUUCCCUGGUUGUGUUCACCAAUUAUGUGGCUGACUCUGGUGACAGGUGCUGUGCAGGGUACAGGUUAAUUGUGUUAUUCUGAACUGUUGGGGUGAUCUCAUUGUAAAACGGUUUUUUCUGGGUUCUCCUUGUAUAGUUGUUAUUCCAGGCCGAGCAUAUCAUGUCUCUGUCAGCUCCAGCACUACCAAGGAACUGUUGGGAACUGUCCUUGACCUAUGUUGCUCGCUCUUACAGCAUUGACCCUGAGAUGCUUGUGUUGUACUAUAUUGAAAAAAAAAUCUUUUAUUUUCCUUAAAGUUGUGCUGUUACGUGUGAAAUUGUACAUACUCUUAAGUGAUGUAGUUUUGACAGGUUUUAUUUGGUUGACAUGAUUUUAUAUUAAAAGAGAAUGCUGCUUUCACA